UUCCGGGGCGGCGGUAGCGCGCGGGGCGCGGACGGAGCCGCGGCCGCCGGUACCGAAAUGAUGGCGGAUGAUUUAGAAAAAUUUAUUGAAGACCAGAAGGCCAAGUUGGCACAAGAUAAGGCAGAACUUGAAAAUGAUCCACCUUACAUGGAAAUGAGGAAUAAGGAAUCAGAGAAGCUUUAUGAAACUAGCAAGAUGUUAAUCUCCAUGGCUAAAGAAAAUAUACCUCCAAAUAGUCAACAGAACUAUCCUUUAGGUGACUAUGGCUUGAGUUUACCUCUUGGAGAAGAAUAUGAACGAAAAAAACAUAAACUCAAAGAGGAACUUCGACAAGAUUACAGGCGCUAUCUUUCUCAGGGUAUUUCACAGGCAAAAAGAAAGAAAAAUUAUCUGACUACUGGUGAAGUAGAUCCAUAUACUCAGGGAUUAUCUCUUCCUAUUGAUGAGCGAAGAUCUGCCAAGGAGAGAUUACGGCUUGAAAGAAACAAGGAGUACAAUCAAUAUCUCAGGGAUAAAGAAGAAUGGAAUGAAAGGCUAAGGAAAUUAGGGAAGAAAAACAGAGAGAAUGAGAUGCACAGGAAUAAAACACCUAUUGCUGUUACCAGGCUCCAGCCAGAACUACAUAGAGAAGUCCAGCCCUGUAACACAGGUGCAGAACCUCCCAAGAAGGAUGCCUUUACUUCCACAGAAGGUUGCGAAGAGGUGCUAAGUAAGAGAUGGUUGGAGGAAGACAGGUACCACAGGUUAGAUGAUGAGGUUGAAUUAAGAAGUCGACUAUUAAAUAAAAGACUUGAUGAAGAAGUUCACAAUCAAAGACAUCGUGGAUUUGCUAGCCAAUCUGUAAUUUCUACUAGGAAGCAUCACAGACUUGAUGAAGAUGGUGAUUUUGGGAGAAGAUACUACAGAGGGGAAUAUGAUCCUGAGACAAAUGCAGAAAUGGACCAUAGAUUUAGAUGUGAAAGCACCUAUGACAGAAAAACUCCCCGGAGUUUUUAUUCUGAAAGGCCCUAUCUGAAUGGAAUGGUAAGAGAUGUACCUGCAGAAUAUGAAGAUGAAUUAAAGGAGAGAGCACGUGUGCGGCCGAUCUCAAGAACUGCAGAUUCUAGAAAUCAGGUACAGAUUAGUUCUUCAGCUAAUGAACAGGCCAAGUCUGCAGCUGAAAUGUGGUAUGCAACAGGCCUUGUUCUUGGUGGUCAGGACCGAGAACUUCUCCAGAGAAGAAAGGAGAAAUACAGACAAGAACUGAUGGAACAGAUGGCUGAGCAGCAGCGAAAUAAGAGACGUGAGAAGGAACUUGAGCUCUCAGUUGCUGCUUCUGGAGCUCGAGACCCAGAAAAGAAGCCAAAUAGAUUGAAGCAAUUUGGCUUCACAGCAAGAGCUUUUGAAGAGAAAGUACCUCCUGAAAGGCCCAGGGUGGCUUUCCAAACUCCAAUGCCUGCCCGUUCAGCCUCUCCAGUGAAUGAAGACUCUCAGAGUGAUAAAGACUUUCAGAGGAGUCUAGCCAGCAGUCUUGGGGAAAUGGCAGCUCCCAGGCUUGCACCGUUGCCACCGCCUCCACCACCAGUUUUGACAGACAACUAUAAAACACCUUAUGAUGAUGCUUAUUACUUUUAUGGGGCUAGGAAUCCUUUGGAUCCUGCUCUUGCAUAUUAUGGUACAGGUAUGAUGGGAAUGCAACCCACACCUAGUCUGGAUCCUCCUUUAGGCCAAGCCCCAGUAGAGCAGUCCAUAAAUAACAUUGGACAGAGGAAUACAGGAGACAGACAAAGAAGCAUGGGAGUGUAUUCAGAAGAAAAAGCAAAGCCUUCCAAAGAGGCAACAUUAUCUUAUCAACAAGAAUUACAACAGCAGAUAAGAGAGAGAGAAGAGCGACGCAGACAAGAGAGAGAGGAGAAGGAGAAGUUAGAAGCAGAAAUGAGGAAUUACAAUCCCUGGGGAAGAGGUGGUGGUGGUGCUCCUCUCAGAGAUGCAGAAGGAAAUCUUAUAACGGACUUGAAUAUCAUGCACAAGCGAAAUGAAGAGGUAUAUCAUAAUCCAGAGGCAAGACUAUAUGAAGAUAAAAGGGGUAUUGUUGACCUAACUUUGGCCUCCUCAAGACCUGAGAACUCAGAAGCAUCUACAAAUAAAAUAGCAGGUGUUACAUUUACACAGGCCUCUCCUUUUGCUCGAGGUAAUGUGUUUGGUGAACCUCCAUCUCCAGAGCAGCUUAAGCGACAGGAAUCCUACAAGAACUUCCUCCGUCUACAGAUUGAAGAAAAGAGACGUAGGGAAGAAGCAGAGCGAGAAAAACUUAGAAUGGAAGAAGAAAAAGAGGAAAAACGACUUGCAGAGCAGAGGAUGAGAAUUCAAAAAGCAUAUGAAGAGGAACUAGAGGAGAGAAGGAGAAAAGAGGAGGAGAGAAGAUUGAAAAAUAAGGAAGUAAUUCAAUUAGAUGAAGAAAGAAAAAAAGAGGCAGAAAAACAAAGAAAAGAAAAAGAAGAAAAGCAAGAGGAACAACUUAGACAAUAUUUUGAGAAAGAAAAGAUGGAAGAGGAAAAGAAGAUGUUGUCACGACAAGCUUCACCCGUCAUUCCUGCUCUUCAAAACAAAUCAGUGAGGAGAGAAGAAAGGAUUCCCGCUGCUGAGAGCCAUCUAUCUUACUAUGCCCAAGAUCCUGCACAGCCGAGAGCUCCCUCUCCACCUGUCCCUGCUAGAAGGAAUCAGUUGCGUUCAUUAGAGGAAAGGAAGAAUGUGAUAAAUGAAUUAUCAGAGAUGAGGAAACAGCUUCGAAGUGAGGAGAGGCGACUGCAGGAACAGUUACUAAAUGUGUCCAGUCAUGAUUAUGUUCCAAUUACAUGCUGGAGGAGAGAGAAGAAUCCGAGGGACAUAUUUGAGAUGGCCAGGCUUCGUCUGCAGGCUCCAGUUCAGCGACCUUCCUUAAAGGAGGCACAAGAUCCCGUCAAUAUACAGAAUAUCUGGGAAUUUAAUGAACUUAAAUACAAAGAUCCUGAAACACGUAUGGGCUUGAGGCACAUGUAUCCUGAUCCUCCAAAAGAUGACCAGACUCUAGAGAUUCAACAGCAGGCACUGUUGAGGGAGCAACAGAAGAAACUUGACAGAAUGAGAAUGAGGAGAGAAACAGAAGCUUUUGUUGAUCAAGAUGAUUCUGCUUUGGACAGCUACCCACAAACCAUGGGCCUGUUCAGAAGUGAAUCUAAUGAAUUCCAGAAAAAUUCGCUGUUGGAAUCGGAUAGUGCUUUUAUUGGUGCUAAUGGGGAAACGUUUUCUGCCUUAGAAGUUAAUUUAUUACCACAGCAUCCAUCUUCUGCAAGGGAGAGGAGACGACUAAAGCAGAGAGCUUUGGAGAGUGCUGAGGAAGUUCCACCAGGCCAGACACCGUUGCUGCAGCCUGACAGCUUCUCUUUGCACUCAAACUUCAGCCUUGACAUUGAUCAGGUGAAAGGCAAGAAUGAGGAGCGAUUGCACAGACUGACUGAGCCCCAGCAGAAAUCUCCUUCCUUAGGUGAUGACAGUUCCUUGGGGGACGUGGACGACCUUUUGAAGCGCCCUCAGUCCCACGCCGGCAGACGCUCCAGCUCCACUGACACCGAGGCCACAGAGCCCUGGCUGCGACCGGGAACGUCGGCCACGCUCCGGAGAUUCCUGGUGGAGCAGCCGGGCUCAGCAAAGCUCUCCCCGGAGAACGCGCUCCCACUGGGCUGGCAGGGCCUCUCCACCGCGCACGGCUGACACAGCCCAGGAACCGCCGCGGCCGAGGAGGCAGCGCCCAGCACCGCUGCACCUGCCAGAAUCCUGCAGGGAGAGUUCUCCUCCGUGUACAGAGUGUGGAGCUGUGUGUGCAAUUUAAAAUAGCAAUAAUAAAGGAUCAGACACUGCAGUGGAACGGAGAUGUAGCACAGGGAUGUUUUCUAUUCCGUGACGUGGGAAAUGGAGGAAUAGCUUGGCUGCUUUUGCACUUUUUAUACAACUUAAGUUUCAGCCUCAGAAACAGAGUGUGGUGUGUGUGUGAAUUUGAUAUUAAAUCAAAGAUGUUUUUUAGCUUUAUAGUCAAAGUCCAAAACUGUCUGGUAUUAGCAUAGCCCAACAGCAGAAGGGCAUUAGGUUUUUAUCCAAAGAGUGAAUAACUUGAAGAAGGAUACUUACUUUUCAUACAGGAUAAAUGCUAUCCUGCAUGAAAAGUGCAGCUAACACUUUCAUGGGGAAAAAAAAUACUAUUAGCAAUGUGUCUUACAUUCCCUAACUUGUCAUGUGAUGAAAAUACAGAUAUUGUUGCAUAUAUUUAUGUUUCUGAUUGAAGAGUUAAUAAAGUAUUUUGUUACUAAAAUUA